UUGAACAGGGUUCUGCAUAACUGGGCCUGAUUAACGCUUUGCGGUCCGAAUUAAAUCGAACGUUGAAUUGUUCAUCGUGAUUUGUUCAUGCUGAAUACAUUGGAUUCAAAGACUGUUCUUAAUUGUAAAUUUUGAUAACCAACGAUUAUGCCGCGGAUCUUUACGCGUUUACGGAGAAUCUGCGAAGAAUUGUAGUUUCGUAGAAGAAGAACGAAAAGAGAUUCGAUCAAAGAAAUGAAGUUAAACUAUGUUCUUGUUCGAUAGCGUAGAAGAGAACGAGAGAGGAGCGACAUUCUUGCGAUAGAGAGGAUGCGAUUAUUCUCGUACAAGGCAGUAACAAAUCCAGCGUACAUAUGUCAAAUUGUCGACGAUCCGAUUUUGGAAGCGUUCAAUUUGUCUUACGAGCUACGGAAAGCCGCCUCCUUCGUCAGAGAAUUUUACCACGAAUACAUAGAACUCUCUGAGAGCGUGAUGCAGUUCGCGACCGAUCUGAUCGAUUGCGCCAGAAGCGUGGACGAAGUAGAAGUCAUCUUGAAACAGUCUACUGGAUUUGCCCAUUCGUAUAAAUUUAUAUACCCGAGGCUACUGUUCGCGCUGCACAAUACGCAGAGAACCUUUGUGGCUCAUCCUAAUGUACAACAGUUAAUUACGAGCAAGUGGAUCGACGGCUGGUACGAAUGGAAGAUCAUGAACCCGUGGAUGAAGUCUUUAUUCAUACUAAUGCGAGUCUUCAUGCUACCUGUGAUUCUGGUAGUGGUUUUGGUCGCUCCGAAUUCAAAGAGGUCGAAAUUUUGGCAAUCACCGGUCAACAAGUUUAUUUCCUCCACCGCCAGCUACUUGGUGUUUCUGUUGAUCGUUUUUCUUCAAUCGAACGCAGACAAAACCGAACAGCUUCGUGGACCGCCUAACUCUGGUAUACCCUAUUACCUGAUAUCGACAGAUCGAACAGAAAUCGAACAGUAGCGCCUUGACUUCUCACCUCCGGCUGCUUCCUCAGUAUACGUCUGGGUUUUGAUAAUUUACGUGAUGUCGUACGCCUGGUCGUUGAUUCGUAUGUGCAUAAUACACGGGCCGAAGAGAUUCUUCGCUGGACCGUGGUAUUGGUUCGAGAUGAUCAUGAUAUCCCUCUUUAUUCUGACCUUCCUGUAUUGGAUAACUGCUGCGUUGGACGUGAGAAUAAAUGGUCAGCUCGAAUUGGAGAGGAAAUAUUGGAACCAGUACGAUCCCACAUUGAUCGCCGAAGGAAUUUACUGUCUGGCAACGAUAAUGGCCUUCCUGAAAUUAUUGUACAUCUGUCAGCUGGACUAUCAUCUGGGCCCACUUCAACUUUCUCUCGGGCAAAUGAUCAAGGACGUUGUCAAAUUCAUCAUUCUCUUCAGCAUAAUCAUUUUUGCAUUUACCGCUGGCACGUGUAAACUUUAUCAGUAUUACGAGGAUAUGGUUCAAAUCGACGAUGAAUCGAAAAUCAAGACCCAACAGGUCAGCUCGUUCGUUAAUUUCUCAGCCACCUUGAAGACUCUUUUCUGGGCACUUUUUUGCAUGAGCCCCAUCGAAAGCGCUGAUGUGAUAAUUGAGAACCUUCCGGGAGAAUCGGAGAACGAAACCAUCAUCAAUCAUCACACGUUCACGGAGGUUAUCGGCUAUAUAGCCUUCGCCGGAUUCACCUUCAUCGGUGUGAUCGUGAUACUGAACAUGCUAAUUGCAUGCAUGUCCAACACGUUGACGGAAGUCACAGAGAACGUGAUCGUGGAAUGGACAUUCGGGCGAACUGAAACUUACGUCGAUUUCAUGCUCACGACUACGCUCCCACCGCCAUUUAACAUUAUUCCAACGUACGUUGGUAUUCAACCGAUUGUCGAGUACCUGAAAAUAUGGCUGAAACCAACGUCAAACAAGCGUGCACGAUGGGAUCCACAUCACUGUUUUUAUAUCGAAACUUUAACGGAGGAAAACAACGAUGAGUUCUCGAUAGUGAUGUCCCAGUUGGUACAGCGUUACUUCCGGAAGAAGGAUAAAAAAAUGGAGGAGAACGAGGUGGAGAAGGUAACGAAAGAGAUCGCGGAGCUGAGAAAUCUUCUAAGAGACGCUCUCACCACUGUUUGAUGAAACAAUCAACGAGGCCAAAUUGAUUUCUAUGAGCUCCCCGCCGAGCUACUUGACGAGCAACCGCGACUAUCUUAACGCCGAACGAGCAAACAAAAACGUCGUCUUCUCUUCUCGCGCGACACGUGGGCGCGGAAUCGUCGAACGAAGAUCGUAAUUAGCAGAUAGAUCGAAGAGAAAUAUCACAGUCUUGGGAAAACACUGGCAGUCUGCGCGUGAAUUCAAUUCACUGUAUUGGCGAAGAGCGCAAAGCAUUCGAAGAAAGAAUUUCUUCCGGCUUCAUCGAUCCUCGAGAUUCCUCCAAGGAAUUCCACGCUCUUUUCUUAUUCAAGAUUCCUGCUUUUUGUUUGAAUAUCUUUGACGAGAACAGAGAUUGAAAUGUUGCGAAGGUCGUAGUUAAACGAUGCAAGUAAUAAGAAAACGAUCGAAAUUAAGGAUAAAGAUGAAUUAUUCUAAUCAACUGUAGCUAUAGCGGAUGUCUUGUGCAAUAAAACGUAUUUUCAGUGCCGAUGAUUUGCCGAUGUAUUAUUCAUGCAUAAAUUCGGCCUUCUUAUUAUCAUAGCACGUCCGGUUGUUUCAGCGAAAUGGAAAUUUUCCAUUACUACGUGACGUUUUCAUGAUGUGGAAAGUCUGGAAAUGUUAUUAGCUUUGUUACGAUGAAAACGUGAGCUCGUUUGAUGCGUGCCAUACAUUACGCUGUAAUAAUAUGUAUACAGAAGGAUACGUGUAAUCCGUCAUUGGCAAAAUUCACACUCGUGCGAAUCAUUAAAUUUGCUUUUUUUUUUUUUGAACAUUUACGGAAUACUGUUCCUCCUUUCAUGCAAGUUCAACCGUUGUCCACAACGUGUAAUAUCGUAGAAAUUAGUCGUAGUUGACGGGAAAGGCGAAUCUGUUGAAUAUAUCUCCCCCGUUCCUUUUUCCAAUUUUAAAUUCAAAUCCGAAGAUAAAUCUUUGGCCAGUAGUUUCAUUGGUUUUAUAUAUUUUCUUUUUUUUUUCCAGUUUCAUAACAUAAAUUCUAUAACGCAAAUAGUACUUUAAUUCCGUUCGGUGGAAUACCGUUGCGUUUUACUCGCAUAUUCUAUUUCUCUGUCCUAUUUCGAUUUCUGUUUGCCAGCUUCGCAAAUAAAUUCACCCGGCGUACACGGCGUCUCGUUGGAAACAUUAAUCGUGUUGAAAAAUCCCAUUAACGAAACGGUUGCAGCUUCUGUUACUGUAAGAAUUCGCCGGUAGUAUCGACAUGAAUUUAUUUAGGAUGUCAGCCGCCGCAAAUGAAACAGAGAAACCACUUCCAGGAUCCAUCCAUAUCAACUAAGUGGGAGGAAUCUAAUCCUGUGGUCGUUGCGUGAAGCCUAUUUCCUGUGGCGAGCCCGUGGAUGAAAGAGAACGUAUUUAUACGAGGUAGGAAAGAACGCGCGCACUCUACCAGGAACAUCUAGAAACCCCGUGAAUAAGAGGGUUUAACGACCCUUCGCAGUCUUGCGGAAUAUUCAGGACCCUAUGACGACGAUUUUUCUGUCCGUCUUGUAAGAAAAGACGGCUUAAAAGCUCUUUCCGCUAGAGAGCUUCGCCUCUUCGGUUGUUUCGAUUUCGAAAAGCGUAGCACAGCUACAGGGUGAAAUAUCCCUGGCGGAGAAUUAUGGGUAAAG